CCGAGGAACCUGAUGUUCUCCACUCACUCCACGGGGCGGCCGCUGAUGCUGAGGGGAGCGUGCUCAGGCUGAGUCCUCCGGAAGUCGCUGCUCAUUUCCUGAGCCUUGUCCGCGUUCAGCAGCAGGUUGUUCAGUCUGCACCAGCUGAUCCACUUCCUCCCCGUACACCGAUUCGUCGUUUCCCCGGAUGAGUCCCGCCGCUGUGGGGUUUGUGUUCGCUCUCCUCUCGGCGAACUGUCGUCGAAGUCGGUGCGUGUGUUUACCUCCCCGCUGGCUGCCUUUGUUCGCUGGAAGGCUCAAAGUGCGCAGAGCAGGAGGAAGAUGUGCGCCGUGCGGCUGCUGCGGGUGUCGGUACACGAGCGGAUCAGCGCCGCCGCAGAAGACUUUCUGCUGCAGGUGGAGAAAGGAGGAGAAACGGCUGAAAUCCCGGCGCUGAGAGCGCUGCUCACCGAGCGGCUAACGGCGGCGGCGGAGGAGAUCAUCGGUCUGUUGGAGGAAACCGUGGCGGAGUACGAAGGCAGAGUGGAGCGGUCAGAGCGGGAGAUCUGCCGCCAGAGGAGGCUGCUCGAUGCCGUGCUGAAGCCCGAAGUCCGGCUGCACAGAGCAGCUUUACCCUCAGAUAUCCUCAAAGUGAUCGUUGGCGAGGACGAGCUGCAGCAGAGGAGCCCCAGCCCGGACCAGGAGGACGCAGAGCCCCCACACAUCAAAGAGGAGGAGGAGGAGCUGUGGAGCAGUCAGGAGGGAGAGCAGCUUCAGGGCCUGGAGGAGGCUGAAAUCAGCAGGUCCACAUUCAGUCCUGUCCCUGUGAAGACUGAGGACGAUGAAGAGAAGCCUCAGUCCUCACAGCUCCAUCACACGCAGCAGGAGGCGCAGCAGGAGGCGGAGCCUUCAGGCUGCGGCUCUGCUGAACUGAUCAAACCAGAAGCUGAUGCAGAAUCUGAAGCUUCCACGAACUCAGACACACAUUUACAACCCGGUGCUGAAGACAAAGCUUCAGACUCCUCAGACACUGAGGUCAGUGACGGAGACUGGGAGGACACCAGGGAACCUGAGGCAGGUGUGAAGCCUCUGAGGAACAGCAGAGUCACUGUCAUUGACUUUAACUGUAACACCGUGGAGAGGUCGUUCAGCUGCUCCGAGUGCGGCCAGAGGUUUGGUCGGAAGCCACAUCUGAACGCACACAUGAGGAUUCACACGGGAGAGAAACCGUUCAGCUGCUCCUUCUGCGGCAAGAGAUUUUCUCAGAAGGGAAACUCGGUGAGUCACAUGAGGCUUCACACAGGAGAGAAACCCUUCAGCUGCUCCGUCUGCAAGAAGCGUUUUAGGUACAGUGGAGAUGUGAGCAGGCACAUGAGAAUUCACACGGGCAAGAAGAAAAGCAGCGGCACCGACACGGGCUCAGAACCCACCAGAACCUCAGGUCCACACAGGCGUGUUCCACCGAGCGCCGACGAUCAAACCCCAGAACCCGAGGCCGACGCCGCUGAUGAUGGUUGGAGGGAAAGCGGCGAACCUCUGUCACAUUUAAACUCCCAGAGAAACGAGGACGUGUCUGCAGGUGAAACAAGAUGCAGCAGCGACAAAGAGUCAUUCAGCUGCUCGGAGUGCGGGAGAACGUUCUGCCGCAAGGACCAUCUGAUGAGCCACAUGAGAACGCACACGGGAGAGAAACCGUUCAGCUGCUCGGUGUGUCAGAAGCGUUUCAGCUGCAGUGGCAACAUUUUGGCACACAUGAGAAUCCACACGGGAGAGAAACCGUUUCAGUGCUCGUUCUGCAGCAAAAGCUUCAGCCAGAAAGGAACUUUACAGCUGCACAUGAGAAUCCACACCGGGGAGAAACCCUUCAGCUGCCCGUUCUGUGACAAAAGAUUUGCCCAUAAAAGACGGAUGACGCUGCACAUGUCCGUCCACACGGAGGAGAAACGCUUCAGCUGCAGCGUCUGUGACAAAAGAUUCACUUGGUAUACACAACUCAAAACACACAAGUGCGUCGGAGGGUCCUCGCAGCUUCGCCAGAGCCAGACUGAGAAGAAGGUUCCUGCCAAGGAAUCGUUCAGCUGCUCCGAGUGUGGGAAGACGUUCAGCCUGAAGGGCAACCUGAAGACACACAUGAGAAUCCACACUGGAGAGAAACCGUUCAGCUGCUCGGUGUGUGGGAAAAGCUUCAAACAAAACGUGCAUCUGACCGAGCACAUGACGAUUCACACCGGAGAGAAACUCUACAAAUGCAGCGUCUGUGGAAAAGGAUUCAAUAAGAAGCUGCUGGUGAAGAAUCACACUUCCGAUGUUACAGUCUCCGAGCCACAGAAGCUGGGACCGGAUGUGAUCCGGGUCCGAAUAACGGUUUUCUCCUGCGACUCUGUGAAAAUGUCCGGACUCCGGGACCUGAAAGACUCGCUCAGGCGGCGGCUGCUGUCCGCGGUCCGCCACGAUCUGUUCGGACAUUUCGAGAGGACAGUGUCCGACUAUGAGAAGGAGCUGGACAGGAGCCGGAAACUGCUGGACAUGGUCUCAAAUACCGACUCAAAGCGGCGAGGAGCAGACGUCCAGCAGCAGUUGGUGAGGAAAGACGAGAGUCCCUCUGAGCGGCGGGACAGGAGUCCCCGACUGGACCAGGAGGACCCAGAGCCCCUACACAUCAAAGAGGAAGAGGAGGAGCUCUGUCUCACUCAGAGACCAGCAGGAGCUGAUGGAGGGAACUGUGGAGGAUCAGAAUCCAGCACAAACCCAGAUUCAGACCGACGUUCAAGAGCAGACGCUCGCGACAAGGCUUCGGACUGUGAGAGCGGGGACAGCGAUAGAGACUGGGAGGAUCCUCACAGAAAGUUUCGUUGCUCCAAAUGUGGUAAAACGUGUUCACAGAGGGGGAAUUUGAACAUACACAUGAGAACUCACACAGGAGAAAAACCCUUCAGCUGUUCUGUGUGUGGGAAAAGGUUUACGCAGAAAGUUGGUCUGCACUACCACCUGAAAAUCCACACAGGAGAGAAACCAUUCAGCUGCUCCGUGUGUGGGAAAAGCUUCAGACAGAAAGGACCUUUGAAAUACCACAUGCUGACCCACACAGGGGUGAAACCAUUCAGCUGCAGCGUCUGUAAUAAAAGAUUCAGGUGGUCGUCUCAGAUCAGAGUCCAUAAGUGUGUCGACGAGUCACCACAGCAUCACCGUGGCAAACGUGAGAAACCGCUGAGCUGCUCCGAGUGCGACGAGACGUUUCCCAACAAUUCGCUCCUGAAGAUUCACACGAGGAUUCACAAAGGAAAGAAGCUGCUCACCUGCUCAGUUUGUGGUUUACAGCGACAGUUCAGUUCCCAGAUGGAGAUACACAUGAGAAGCCACACAGGGGAGAGACCGUACAGCUGCUCUAUCUGUGGGAAAAAGUUUACACAGCGGGGGAUCAUGAUGCAGCACAUGGCGAUCCACUCAGGGGUGAAACCGUUCGGCUGCAGCGACUGUGGGAGAAGAUUCUUUUGGCACUUUCAGAUCAAAAAACACAAGUGUGCCGGCAGGUCACAGCCAAUCAGAGUCCACUUCACUGCAGAGGACUGUGGACGAUCAGGACUGAGCAGGACCCUCGAUCCAGAUAAACGCUUCAAACUAGAUCUGAAUAAAAAGACUGAAGCGUUUGAUGAAAGCGACGACACUGUUGACAUCGAGUUUUGGAAAGAUGUCAGACAGCAUCAGUCCGGUCUGACGUAUCAGAGGAAAAGAAAAGUCUGUGCAGAUGAUGGAAAUAAUCCUGGAAAGAAAGCGAUGAACUGCUCUGAUGGCGACGCGACAACUGGAUCUAAGGACGAGGAAAGUGACGACGGACAAAGACAAAGACCGCCGGCUUCAACUGAGUCCAAACACGAAGACGUCUCUGUGAGAGACGCUGCGUUUGACUCUGACGGGAAACCAUUCGUGUCCUCUGAGGGUCAGAAAGCAGCUGAGGUCAGUCACACGCUUCAGACGCACCUGAGGUGUCGCACAGGAGAGAAACCAUUCAGCUGCUUCUUCUGCGGGAAAGGAUUCACCACAGGUGGGAAUCUGACGAGACACGUGUCCGUGCACACGGGAGAGAAACUACUCAGCUGCAUCAUCUGUGAGCAAAGCUUCGCCGCGGAGUCAGAGUGUUUCAGUCACACGUGUGUCGGUGCACCGCCGCACAUCACUGCCAGCAAAGCGUUCAGCUGCUCUCAGUGCGGAAAAGCAUUUGUCCGUAAGCAUCAACUGCAGGUUCACACGCGGCUUCACUGCGGAGUGAAACCGCUCGGCCGCUCCGCGUGCGGUGAAAGAUUCGCCAAGCGUGAAAGUUUUCACGUGACGUGUCACGCAGGGCAGAAGUCUCUCCGCUGUUCGGUUUGUAAAACGGGUUUUGGUGACAGAGAGUCGCUGAUUCAGCACAUGAGAAUCCACACGAGACAAACGCAGUUCAGCUGCUCCGUCUGUGGAAAGGAGUUUGCGUGGAGAAGAUAUUUGACCAAACACAUGGAAGUCCACGCAAAGGAGAGACUCAGGAGCUGCGGCGUCUGUGACCGAGGACUCUCCCAUCAAACCCACACUGAGGACAGCACAGAGGCAGAGUCUCCAGCAGUUGAUGGAGAGGACCGUGGAGGACCGGGGACAACCAGGACCUCAGCUCCAGACAGACAUUUACAACCAGGUAGGGACGACCAGACUCUGGACUCCUGCGAACCUGAGACUGAUGAUGAUGGUUUUUGGAAAGAGAGCAGGAAACGUGAGUCAAGUUCAAACUGUGUAAAGGACGAAAUGUGUGAACGUGAAAUGAGGAGCAACGCUGAGUCGGAUUCUAACGCUCCGAGCGCUGACCGGGGUUUUUGGACAGACAACAGGAAACUGGUGUCACGUUUAAAACCUGUGAGACCUGAUGAAGUGUCUCAGAGUGUCUCCACAGACUGCAGUCAAACUACAGGAGAGAAACUGAUGAGUGGCUCCACAAGUGGUGAACAGUUUCCACAAAGAGAAGGUCUGAGCCAGCACUGGGCCCUUCACACAGGGGCCCUUCACACAGGGGCCCUUCACACAGGGGCCCUUCACACAGGGGCCCACAGGGAGGCGAAGCAGGAGGACCCAGAGCCCCCACUUAUUAAAGAGGAAUGGGACGAGCUUCAGGGCCUGGAGGAGGCUGAAAUCAGCAGGUCCACAUUCAGUCGUGUCCCUGUGAAGACUGAGGACGAUGAAGACAAGCCUCAGUCCUCACAGCUCCAUCAGAGCCACACUGAGGAGACCUGUGGAGGACCAGGACCUGGACCAGCCAGGACCUCAGACCCAGACCGACGUUUACAAUCAGAUUCUGAUGAAAAGACUUCAGACUCUUCUGAACCUGAAACUGACGACAGUGAUUUUUGGAAGGAGAGCAGGAAACCUCAGUCAGACUUAGGCUCGUUAACCAUUAAUGAAUCAGCUGACGGCGAUGUGGAUCGCGGUUCUGGAAAGAUCCGCUUCAGCUGCUCUGAUGAAAAGGCGUCUGAGUCCCUCGGACCUGAGAGCGACGACAGUGUGGACAGUGACUUUUGGAAGGAAAGCAGAAAACCUCAGCUCAGUCCAAACUCGGUGAAAAGCAGCGACGCCUCUGAAAGUGACGUGAGGUGUAACGGCGUGAGGAAACCGUACGGCUGCUCUGAGUGUGGGAAACGAUUUCUGUACGUUUGCCACAUGAAGGCUCACAUGAGACGACACUCGGUGGAGACGCCAUUCUUCUGUUCUGUCUGUGGACAGAAAUGUCUUUACAGAUCCCACCUGAAGAUUCACAUGAGAACUCACACGGGAGAGAAACCCUUCGUCUGCCCAGUGUGUGGGAAGAAAUACGCUCACAAGGCCAGCAUGCAGUCUCACAUGUCCGUCCACACCGUGGACAAACAGUACAGCUGCACUGUGUGUGACCGAAGCUUCGCCUGGUUCACAGAGCUGAAGUAUCAUCAGUGUGUCGGCGAGUCCUCCUCCUCCUUUCAGAAUAAGUGACAGGAAGUGAUGCUGCUUAGUGAUGGAUUUCAACAUUAAAGCAACAGGAAAAGUUAAAUUUGAGUUUCUUACAAUGACUUUUAUUUAAUGAAAAAGUUUUUCUGCUUUCAGUUACAGCUGAAAACUUAAAGUCAAAUUAUCAUCAUUGUCAUUGAAGUUAUUAUAAUUUGUAAGAAAAGUUUGCUUCCUGUUGGUUCCACUGAGA